AUGCCGUUCCCUCGCCAAAAAUCUUGCACUCACUGCAGGCAGUCGAAAUUACGAUGCAACCGGGCAGCUCCGACAUGUUCACGCUGCGCUGAGCGCAAUCUGGCAUGUGAUAUUCGCGAUAUUCACGUAUCGCCAUAUUCGGACUCGCGCCGUUCCAAAGUCCCCAGACUGGAAAAUGUGGACAUUGAAGCUCUCGAACAUCAGCACAGUGAUUUUGGAGUCCCACCGGCUAUCUUCGACGUAGUAUCACCUGGUGCGGCUGUAACUCUCGGUGAUGAGAAUGUAAGCGCCAACUGGAUGGUCACCGAUAGUUUUGAACCCGGUCAUUUGAAUCCGAAAAAUCUCGAAUCUGGGACCGGCGAUUUUGGUCUCGACACUCUCGAAGACGAAUUUGACCUGCAAAUGAUGCCCGAGUCCAACUGCUCGGAGCAAAAUAUCAUCGAGACGUGGACAUCUGCCUGUGAAAUCCCCCCUGAUAGUUCCGCUCCAAUCUCAUGCUGGGACCCUUCACUUCUCUUGGGUGAAUCCGGUUCGGAGAGCACCACCACCUCGUGCGAUCACACGGCGUCCACUCUAGCUGUACGGACUCCCUCCAACCAAGGGUCCCUGCGAAGCCGCCCAAUCCUAAAAGGCUGCAUGUUGACCAACAUGGUCCUGGGACAAAUUACCGGCUAUCCAAAGAUGCUUGUCCUAGGAGACCGUCUUCCUCCGUUUAUCCAUGCGCCCUGCUACAUGGAUGAGAGACUUGCUCCAGAAUGUGGCGAGAUGGGGAAACACCAAUGUUUGCCCAAGAGGCUUGCCAUUUGCGCCAGCUUGGUGGAUAUGUUUUAUUCGCGGACAGAUGCCAACGCGGAUUUCGUCUGGCAGACGAUAUCUUCGGAGGGACAGAGAUUACAUGAGGAGUAUAAAGGCUUGGACUCAUACGGCCAACUUGCUGCCCUACAGGCGGUCAUCAUAUAUAUCCUCUUGCAGGCUCAGGAUCCCGAAACGGCGGAACGAAAUGGCGCCAAUGCUCUGCUCUUGUUCAUGAUAGAACUCUUCACUUGUCUCACCGAGAGCAUUGACUGGGAUACAAGUGACUCUAUGGAAACAUCAGAAAGACAACAUUGGGUAUUAAGAGAGUCUUUGAGACGGAUAGUCGCCUUGCUCGGCCUUGUCGAGCUACUGUUCGAAGGUCUAAUCCCACCUCACGCAGCCCAGGCCAACCCUCCCUACAAAAACUUCCGGGCCACUCCUCUACCAAGUCAGCGCGACUUGUGGGAGGCCCGCACCAACAGAGCCUGGAGGCGAGAGCUGAAGCUGUACCUCUCAGGCCGGACGUCGCGCGAAGUGCUAACAGUCGGAGACCUGCUUGAGUUGGAUAACGCGGGUUGUUUCAGGAACACUUGGAACAAUCAGCAUGCGUACAGCAAGUUGCCGGAUGCGAUGGAGAAAGAGGGAUGCCCUGUGGUGAUGCGAUUCGAGGACAAUCUAGACUAA